AUGCAGUCUCCAGGAUCGUCAAGAACCCAGUUCCCCUACCCUGAACCCUCCGCCCAACAGACAUCUCCUCAGCAUCGAUCGGGUUCUGCGAGCGCCGACGUACCCAUGGCUUCCCAGCAGUCCGGCCGCAGUUCCUCUGCCUCCUCUCGAUCACAGCCGAACAAGAAUCAGCCCGAUAAGCAAAUAUCCCAGAUCGAAAAGAGCGUGACACAUCUCUUAGUCGCGACAAAACAACUGCUCGAAACUCUUACACAAUGGUCUCGCAAACAAGCAACGGAGAAUGAUGUGUCGGAUGUAUACGUGCGAUUGGGUUAUGAAUUCAACUUGGCUUGUCGGGCUUUCAGUGCCAUCGGAGUCGACACCUCAGACUUAGGCCCUGUACCUGACCUGCUCCGCACCAUUCUAGAAGACACCCUCAGUCAAGAUGCAUCCUCCCAGAGUCUCGAUCGAUACCUGCCCCGAAUCCGAGAUAUAAUUAUUAACUUGUUACACGGCCUGAAGAAAAAGCAAGCACGCUUAAGGUCCCGGCACCAACGUGAGGAUGGCCGGCCUAUGCCCGGACGGCAGGCCAGUGCUGGGAGCAUCGCCAGUGGGCAGGCAAUUGGUCAGCUGUAUGACGAGGCCGCAGCGUCUACCAUGCCCUCAACGGCGCAAUCCCCCAGGAAAUCGAACCGACGUUAUGGUAGCAGCGGGUCUCUGGAGGACCAAACGACCGUGGCUAGAACUUCUUCGGCACCUUCGGCGACGGAUACGCGGACAUCAAGCCAUGCGGAAAGAGAAUCAUCGCGGCGGGAGGCCCAGCAAAUGCUGUCCCAACCUUUUGAUAAUGACACAACACCUCGAGCCAACACAUCGAAUACGACUGCACCUUCUGUAUACACAACACCCACUGGAUUCCCUGCACCUCCACCACCGCCUCCGCCAAAAGAGGAUGAUGCGUUGGGGGCUUUGCAGCGAAGUGGAGAGCUGGAGCGACGUGCCUCGCGUCGGUUCUCUGCCUAUCAAAUCCAGAAGCACCUCGGCACAUCUACCAACGGUGUUCCUGUCUUGCCUACCCAGAACUCUCCUAUCCCGAACCGCGGUCGUGAUGUCCGCGAAUCCUUGAACGCAGUUCGUCUGCGCGGCUCAUAUACUCAUACUCGACAGAGAUCCAACAAUCGCUUACAGGAGGCUGCCAAGACUGCACAGGUGCAUCCACCGACCACUAUUCCGGAUGUGGUGGAGGAAGAACGCACCGCACCACCUGCAGCGCCUGCACUGGAAGAGCAUGGUAUCGAACCCGGAGCCUCUCGCGAACCGCACGCUCCUGAGUCGAAAGACGACUCCGCCGCAUCUGCGAUCGUUCCUUCUCCCAUCAUUGCCCAACCCCAAGAUAAGCCCAUGCUCGAUGAUGCUUUUGAGCCUGAAAAGCCAGCGCCUCAAACACCAAAGGGAGACAUCUUCGGACCCUCCGCCCAGAUCGCAACACCUCCCUCGAUUCCCCAAUUCGCUACCGAGCAACCCUCACCGGGCAAAGAGCUCACGCUCUUCCUACAAUAUAAGAGCAAGAUCAAGAAGUACGUGCUUCCAGAAGGCAUUGCAGAUCUUACCAUCGGACGACUUCAGCUUGCUUUCAUCGAGAAGUUUGCUUGGAACACCCACGACAAUGGCGUGGAUUUGCCCGAAAUCUACAUCCAAGACCCAAUUUCUGGCAUUCGACAUGAGCUAGAAGACUUGAACGACGUCAAAGAUCGUUCUGUGUUGGUCCUCAAUGUGGACAACCUCGACGAGGUUAAGAAACAUUUCGAUGACAGUCUUGGAAGUGUGCGUUCCCUUGUGGAAGGCCUCAAGGACGCGCUUUCGGGGCAGGGAAAUAUCAUCCAACGAGUGUCAGAUCGCCAGCUUGAGGCUGCGAAAGAGAUUGCUCGCUUGGCUGCUGCUCCCCCGACGGCCACUGGAGGAACUGUCAAGGGAUCGGUGUCCGGCAGCGGAAGUCAAAUCGCGGAACUACAGAGUUUGCGCCGGGACUUGGCUGUACUGCGACAGACAUACUCCAACUUCACUACCGAUAUCACUAGUUCGAUGAGUGCCGUUCGUGCCAAGGCAAGCAAGGUUAAAAGUGCUGCUGUUGACGUCGCAACUCCUUCCUAUGAAGGCGACGCUGGCCGAGCUCGCGUGAACACUGGCAAGAAGGAACUUGCAGCUGAAUCGGAGCGACUGGUGGCUCGCGUCGAUGAUCUCCAAGACUUGGUUGAGGAUCUUCGUAAGGACGUCGUCACUCGUGGCGUUCGCCCUCUCCCAAGACAACUGGAGGGUGUAAGCCGUGAUAUUAGCAGUGUGAUGAAAGAGAUCAAGAAAAUGCAAGACUUCUUGGGCCGCGAAAAGCCUAUCUGGACCAAAAUCUGGGAGAAGGAGCUGCAGCUCGUUUGCGAAGAACGUGAUCAGCUCACUAUGCAGGAAGACCUGGCCGCUGAUUUGCAAGACGAUCUCGAGAAGGCCACUCAGACCUUUGCCCUGGUGGAGCAAGCGACCAAGGAGCAGGUCAUGACCAACGCAACCGGCGGCACCAGUGUCCGUGCCGCGUCCAGAACCCUUGAUAUUGACCCUACCAUUGAUCCCAUGAAGGCGAAGGACGGCGUCCUCGGCGAAGUCCGUGCUCUGCAGCCCAACCACGAAAGUCGGCUUGAGGCCAUCGAGCGAGCCGAGAAAGCACGGAAGAAGGAGCUCGAGACAAGACGCAUUGGCCUCUUCCAGAAGGAACUGGGCGCGUUUGUCGGCGAAGGUAAAUUGAAGAAGAGCGGCGGUGUCGAAGAGACGGAGCGUCUUCGUACUGCGAAGGACGACCGCAUCCGCAAGGAAGUUUGGGAACGGCAGCAGGCCCGUAAUGCUGAGAUGGAGAAGGCGGAGGCGGAAGCCGCUGCGGCGCAGGGAGCGGAACAAAACCAGGAGGGUGGAGAGGACGGUGGGCAGAAAGAAGACGAAUCGGAGACGACUCCCGAAAAUGGAGAUGGGGAGGAAAAGGCAGAAGGGCCCAAGUCGCCUUCUGCGGAGUCGGAGAAGCCACUUCCUAGUGCGCCGGAGGAGGAAGAUGCCUCCCCUGACCAGUCCUCUGUUUGA